AUGUCACCUUAUACAGAGCAGAUCCUGAUCUGUACUGGCAAGGACGACUGGCCUUCUAAGAUUGAGGACGAAAAUGAAGGCGAGAAUCUGGCAGCAGAUUUCAAGCAGCUCCUUUCUAGAGGGGGAGCAUAUGCUGAUCCAUAUCAUAACCUAUCCGUUAUCAAUUCAUCGUUUCCCUCAUCGAGAACCAAUGGUGAAAGCACGUCUUCCUCCCUGUAUCUGCUCCCAUCAUUCAAAUAUGUGCCUUUCGUUCGUGGCUCAAGCGACAUAAACCAACUUGUUAAAGGAUAUCUUCAACCCGACAAACUACACCCCGCACACGAGGCCUUGAGUCCGCAGAUUAGAGAUCGCCUUACAAGGGACAAGAAAGAAUUAGAAUCUCUAGAAGGGGGGCUACACGAUAUAAAUAACAUCCUUGUGCUGAUUUGUGGGCAUGGAGGAAGAGAUGCUAGAUGUGGUAAGUAUGGUCCGGUGUUGAGAGACGAGUUUGAGAAGGGGUUGGAAAGGAAUGAUUUCAGAGUUUCCAAGGACGCAGUGAACGUCUCGUUCCGAGUGAACGACGGCCCGGAUACUCAGCUCGAUCCUAUCGAAAAUGACCAUAACCGCCUUCCGAUUGCUCGAGUUGGGUUGAUCAGCCAUAUUGGAGGCCACAAAUUUGCAGGCAAUACGAUAAUCUACCUCCCUCCAAAAAUGAAGACGCAAACAGGCGGUUCUCAUCCUCUCGCGGGCUGUGGUAUAUGGUACGGCCGUGUCGAACCCAAGCACGUAGACGGAAUUCUGAAAGAAACGAUACUUGGAGGGAAGGUGAUUGAGGAGCUAUUCCGUGGCGGCAUACGGCAAGAUAAGGAGAUUAUGAGACUUUGA